AUGCAUUUCAGGCAUUUUACCAGACAGAACUGGCAGACGUUCCGCCGACGCCCGCUAGCUGAGAUCUCCGGCGCAGUCGGUGACCUUGGGACCUUUCUCCCCAUCCUUAUCGCGUUGACCAUAAAUGGAUCAAUCUCCCUGCCGAGCACACUAGUGUUUUCAGGAAUAUGGAAUAUCCUCACAGGUCUGUUCUUCGGCAUCCCGCUGCCUGUGCAGCCCAUGAAGGCCAUCGCGGCCGUGGCGAUUGCGGGGAAGUAUAAUGCUGGCCAGGUUGCUGCUGCCGGCCUCUUUGUAGCCAUCUGCAUUUUACUAUUUAGCGUGACGGGAGCUUUGAAUUGGUUUUCGGGGAUGGUACCCAUCCCAGUCGUCAAGGGAAUACAGGUCGGAGCUGGUUUGUCGCUUGUUGUGUCUGCCGGAGCUACGUUAAAGGGCUCGUUAUCGUGGAUUGAGCCGUCGUGGGCGGAUAAUUAUAUCUGGAUGAUUGCUGCCUUUAUCGGCCUGGUAGUAACAAACGUCUACCGGCGGAUGCCUUACGGUCUGAGUGUGUUUAUUCUCGGGCUGGUGUUUGCAUUCAUACGCCUGGCAGUAUCGGACCAUGGCAUCUUACCUGGCUUCCGUCUCUGGAGGCCAUGGCUUACGGUCCCGAAUUUACUCGAUUGGAAUGCAGGCAUUCUUGACGCUGGGGUUGGUCAGGUACCGCUUACGACACUGAACUCCGUCAUUGCCGUUGUGCAUCUUGCUGCAGACCUGCUGCCGGACGUACAGACACCGACGGUGACAGAGAUUGGGCUGAGUGUGGCUGCCAUGAACGUGAUUGGCAUAUGGUUUGGCUCGAUGCCGGUGUGUCAUGGAUCCGGCGGCCUUGCAGCUCAGUAUCGAUUUGGUGCUCGUUCUGGCGCAAGUGUUGUUUUCCUGGGACUCGUCAAGGUUGUCGUCGGUCUGCUGUUUGGCAACACGAUUGUCGACCUCCUAGCAAAGUUUCCAGUGGCACUUUUGAGUGUAAUGGUGAUUGCAGCAGGCCUUGAGCUGGCUAGCGUGGGUGAGUCGUUGAAUACUUCCUCGGCAUGGGAUUUGAACGGACACGGCGGUAGCGGAGGCCUAACCGGAGCGAUCUCUGAGGUGUCGCUGGGCGCUGACGAGCGGAAAAAAAGAUGGACAGUGAUGAUUGUCACAGUCGGGGUGCUGGUUGCAUUCAAGAACGAUGGGCUGGGAUUUGUAGCUGGAAUGCUGUGCCACUGGACAUAUGACAUCCCCGCUCUCAUAGACAGGCUUCGAUCUAGAUUCUCACACGGUAGGGUUAGACUGCCCACCGACAGCUGA